CUGGAUUUAGAAUGAACCUCACCACCCUCCCACCCCAGCUCCCUGUAUCACGACACCAAAAGGACAACUUGGAAAUCCAUCGCAAGAACGUCUGGAUAGCCAUUCACGAGGGAUCGCAUUCUGCCGCACCCCACGGCGAGCUCGACUUACGCACACCGAACCACACAGAGCCAUCCGAUGCGGUAGGAGGUAAGCGAUGGCUAUCUCCGGUUGGGGAAUCUUCCUCAUCAUCCUGGUGCUUGUGGUCAUCGGCGGUGUAGGGGGUUACGUCUUCUAUGCGCAAUAUCGAGCGAAGAAGCUCGGCCUUCCUCCUCCCAAUCUCAACCCCUUCCACCAGCGCGCCGGCGCACAAGGGUCCGGAAGCGGUGGCUUCGUCGGCUGGAUCUCCGACCAAGUGAAUUCAUUACGGAGAGGGAGGACUGCAGGAGGUGCAUACGAGGGCGCCGGGCUCGGAGGAGGAUCUGGGUACAACGAACGCAGAGGAUUCGGCGCACUCGAGCCUGAUGAGGCAUGGAAUGCGCGAGUUGAUGACGAAGCCGGCGGCUACUACGAAGAGCAAGAGCUCGGGCUACAAGAUCCUAGCCGCGGGCCAUACGGUGGUGGAGGGUACGGGGAAGGGGGAGUCCAUGACGGGCGGGGCCGAAGCAGAUCAAGAGACGGUCGCGCAAACCCGUUUGGCGACCACGCGGAGGAGAGUAAUGUGAGUCUGCGGACCGUCAGUCCUCGACCUGAUGCGCAGGGGAUGCAGCCACCACAGCGUCCGGGGCACAAACGAGGCGCAAGCAAUCUAAGCGUUGCAGGCGCGGAGGACAGCCCGACGGAGAGGAGAAGUAUGUUCCGGGAAGAUGUGUGAGAGACGCACAUGGGUCGGAUGGGAGAUGGAGAGCGCGAGGCUGGGCACCAGAGGGACUCGGCGCUCGAGCAUGUCUGGACAUGAAGCACUUGGGAAUAAGACGACCGCUGAUGACAUCACAAGCAAAGCUAAGCGCGACACUGUCCUUCGGCAA